AAAAUCAAAUCAGUUUGAACAUUUCCAGUUAAAAUCAUCCGAGUGUGAUGUCACCACCUGCUAACAUCUCUCUUAAAAAGGAAUAAGCAGGUUUUCUUUGCACCUGGUGUAAAUUGAUCAAAAAAUGAAUGUAGCCAGCACAUGUAUAGCACUGUAAUGACAAUUAACCACACAAUGUAAUAUUGCUUUGCUAUGUACAUGUGUUGAAUUCACUGUAUGAUGUUUGUGUGUGUUCUUGAGCAAAGGUGGAAUAACAAAAGGAGGAUUCAGAGUACUAAGUUUGCCACAAGGUGGUGCAACAGUACAAAAAUGGUUCUUGAGAGACUCUUGCAUUUCGUCAUAAAUGCAACCCAGUGUCUUCAGUCGUAACACUACAACUGUGUGUGUGUGUGUGUGUGUGUGUGUGUGUGUGUGUGUGUGUGCGUGCGUGCAAAGGGUGUGUGCAGCUAUAUGUGUGUGUCUGUAAUUUGCACAUGUUACAACUAAUAAACUUUUCAACAGAUCUAUUCGGUUAUUGAUUGAAGAACAUCUUUCAGAGGAAGGCCUGUGAUGCAAGUAAAUAUACCACACAGACAAUGUGGUGCAGGGAGGUGGAAAUGGAAUCAAUGGACACAUCAGACACCCCAUGGUGCUGGUAUUACCUGGGAGACUGUGGAAGGUGGCACAGAUUUGAGGAUGACACAAAUAACCCACUUAGGAGUGUGGAUAUUGAAAAAUAUUACAAAUUAAACUCGAAAGCAGUUUUAAACACAUCUUCAUCCAACUGUAACAGCAAGUUCGAUUUCUCAGCAAUGUUACAGACUGACCUCAUCACAGGAAGGCAAAGAAGGAUCCACCGAGGCUAUGACCUUCAGAGAAGUUGCUCCUGCUUCAGUGCUGCUCCUGUCUUCUGGGAAAUGGUUGAUUCCACUGCUCCAUAUCAGUUAACCCCACUGAGUGAGCUCACUGCUGAGUAUCAGACUGUGGCACAUUACGUGAAGAAAGAUGGGCUGUUGGACAGAUCCAUUGUAUCAAUCAGCAGGAUACAGAAUUUGGAUCUUUGGGAAAUAUUUUGUAGGAAAAAGAAACAGUUAAUGAGGAUUCAAGGUGUCCAAGAAAUUCAAGAGAAAAGACUCUUUCAUGGGACUAAAUUCAGAAAUGUUGACAGCAUUUGCAAGUACAACUUCGAUUUACGAUUAGCUGGACAAAACGGUCAUAUGCUUGGAAAAGGAAUAUAUUUCGCAAGACAUGCAACAUAUGCAGACAAAUACAGUGAGAGCAGCACGGAUCCUUUGCCACCGCAUGGCAGCCCAACACAAAGUACACCAACCAAGACCAUAUUUUUAGCUCGGGUGAUAACUGGAAAAUCAAACGCUGGACAACGUUAUUUCCUAAAACCUGAUCAUGGAUGUUCUGAAAACUUGCAUGACAGUUGCGUGGAUGAUAUCACACAUCCCACAAUUUUUGUAAUUUUUGAUCCAAAUCAAAUAUAUCCAGAGUAUUUGAUUCAGUACAAAUGAACACAAGAGAACACAACAUGUCCACCUCAACUGUCUGGGUGAAGGAUUUUCAUCAACAUUUCCAACAUUUUUUACUACUUUUUUUAAACAAGCCCAAAUCUGAAUUUACAUGCAGUUUAUGACGAUUCUUUUUUUUAAAUGCUCUUUUUAAGAACACAGUCUUGAAAGCUACGUAUACCUUUAGAUAUCUGAAAAGGAAGUAAGUCUAUUUAUUUUAUAACUAUUUUACAUAUUGGGAAGUUUGGGUCUAAAAGACAUCAUUACAGGUUGACUUUUGUCACAUUUGUUUAUAAUAAGACAUAAUUUAUUAGCACAUAACGCAGAUAGCUUUUUUAUCUUGAAACAGCAGAGGUUAUUAAAUAAAAUUCCUGACACAACCAAACCAAAGUUCA